UUACUUCUGAUUUUCUUUCUAGGAUCUUAGCAUCGUGAGGCAUUUUGGAUUCAUAGCCUUCAAGAUUGACCUGGUCAGAGUUCAUCAUGUCAAAGUUAAAAAGCUCAGAGUCUGUCAGGGUGGUGGUUCGCUGUCGGCCUAUGAAUAGCAAGGAAAAGGCUGCUUCAUAUGACAAGGUAGUGGACGUGGACGUGAAGUUGGGGCAGGUGUCUGUGAAGAACCCCAAAGGAGUGGCCCAUGAAAUGCCCAAGACCUUCACCUUUGACGCCGUCUAUGACUGGAAUGCCAAGCAGUUUGAACUCUAUGACGAGACAUUCCGACCACUUGUGGACUCUGUCCUGCAGGGUUUCAAUGGGACGAUUUUUGCCUAUGGACAAACUGGGACGGGGAAAACUUACACAAUGGAAGGAGUCCGGGGUGACCCUGAAAAAAGAGGGGUCAUCCCUAACUCAUUUGACCACAUUUUUACCCAUAUCUCUCGAUCCCAGAAUCAACAGUACUUGGUCAGGGCUUCUUACUUAGAGAUCUACCAGGAGGAGAUCCGAGAUCUGCUGUCAAAGGAUCAGACCAAAAGGCUUGAGCUCAAAGAGAGGCCUGACACUGGGGUGUAUGUGAAAGACCUGUCUUCUUUUGUCACUAAGAGCGUGAAGGAAAUAGAACACGUGAUGAAUGUGGGGAACCAGAACCGUUCUGUGGGUGCUACCAACAUGAAUGAGCAUAGUUCCCGUUCUCAUGCAAUUUUUGUUAUCACCAUCGAGUGUAGUGAGGUAGGCCUUGAUGGUGAAAAUCAUAUCCGUGUAGGGAAAUUGAACCUUGUAGAUCUUGCUGGCAGCGAACGGCAAGCCAAGACUGGUGCACAAGGGGAAAGGUUGAAGGAGGCGACCAAGAUCAACCUGUCCCUUUCGGCCUUGGGUAAUGUUAUCUCUGCCCUGGUAGAUGGCAAAAGCACUCACAUUCCAUAUCGGGACUCAAAGCUUACUAGGCUCCUCCAAGAUUCUCUUGGUGGCAAUGCUAAAACUGUGAUGGUAGCCAACGUGGGGCCUGCCUCUUACAAUGUAGAAGAGACUCUGACCACUCUGAGAUAUGCCAACCGUGCCAAAAACAUUAAGAACAAGCCAAGGGUUAAUGAGGACCCUAAGGAUGCCCUCCUGCGAGAAUUCCAAGAAGAGAUUGCUCGGCUCAAGGCCCAGCUGGAAAAAAGAUCCAUUGGCAGAAGGAAGAAGCGAGAGAAGCGGAGGGAAGGUGGUGGCAGUGGUGGGGCUGGGGAAGAGGAGGAGGAGGAGGGAGAAGAGGGUGAGGAGGAAGGGGAUGAUAAGGAUGAUUACUGGCGGGAACAGCAAGAAAAACUGGAGAUUGAGAAGCGGGCCAUUGUGGAAGAUCACAGCUUGGUUGCAGAGGAGAAGAUGAGGCUGCUGAAGGAGAAAGAGAAAAAGAUGGAGGACCUGCGGCGGGAGAAGGAUGCUGCCGAGAUGCUGGGCGCCAAGAUCAAGGCCAUGGAGAGUAAGCUGCUUGUUGGAGAAAAUAUAGUAGAUCAUACAAAUGAACAGCAGAAAAUCCUGGAGCAGAAACGGCAGGAAAUUGCAGAGCAGAAACGUCGAGAAAGAGAAAUCCAGCAACAAAUGGAAAGUCGAGAUGAGGAGACCUUGGAACUUAAAGAGACCUACAGCUCGUUGCAGCAAGAAGUGGACAUCAAGACCAAAAAACUCAAAAAGCUCUUCUCCAAGCUUCAGGCAGUGAAGGCAGAGAUCCAUGACCUCCAAGAAGAGCACAUCAAGGAGCGGCAAGAGCUAGAGCAGACUCAGAAUGAACUCACCAGGGAACUGAAACUCAAGCAUCUUAUUAUAGAAAACUUUAUCCCUCUGGAAGAAAAAAGUAAAAUUAUGAAUAGAUCCUUCUUCGAUGAAGAGGAAGAUCAUUGGAAAUUACAUCCUCUAACCAGACUAGAGUAA